AAUAAUUUUAAAAAAAACGAUUGUAAUAUAUAUGUGUGUGUGUGUGCGUGUUUGCGCCCGCGCACGCGCUUGGUUCAUUAAUUCAUAGCUCAGUAGCCCUGCCAAUAACAGCGGUUAAAAGACCCGUGUGACAACUCCCAACCAAAUAAAUAAAUAUGUAAAACUGACUUCUGGCCGCUGUGUGUACUUUAUGUUUGAGUGGAUGCAUGAUAUGUUUAUGAUACAGGCCACUUAGGACGCGCACGGCAGUGGUCCCCUCAAUUUUGUGGAAUUUACACUGAUCUGCCUCGUCCACAUUCAAGAGAGAUAACCACAACAAACGUGCACUGUGUGAAACAAAAAGAAACCCAGGUUACCAGGGCAGGACAUGCAGUGGUCAGAAUGUGUGGGUUGAAACGAGCGUGGCUUUGCCUUUUUCCUCCCUGCAUCUGCCGGGCUGGACACGGUGCACGGUGGAGCUGGGAUCGGAGCUAUUCCCCGGAGGAUUGGGACCUCAACGAGCUGCCCCUCCUCUCGCUUCACCCCCCGCGUCCGUGAAACUCCACAUGUCCCGUGUAUUAAUGCUGUCAUACAGAAUCAGCACGUGUUUUUUUAUUCCCCCUGCAAACAGAGCAAGAAUUUCUAUAUGUUGUAUUUAAAUAGGAGAGAGUGCAGGUCAGAUGACCCCGAUGCGAGCUGGAGUAAAAUGAGCUAAAAAAGUUCAACAGACGCGCGCACACACGGUGACCUCUCGUAGCGUGACUCUGAGCCCUUCCCUCAUAUCCACAUGCGAGUCGUGCACAUCGCAACAUUUUGUGGCUUAGCCACUAAAAUAUAACGUAUUUCGUAAGUGGAAGGUGAUCUUUCACACUAAACGCUUCUAUAAUCAUAACGUUUGAUUAUCUACACGGCUUUGAGCCACAUUACGCAUAAUCACUGUAAUAUAAACUAUUAAAUUAGAACCAACGGCUCAGCCAUAAACAUUUUUAGAGUUCACAUUCAUAAAAUGAUAUAUCCGCGUACUGACCCUUAGGCAUACGUGUGUGUGUGUGUGUGUGCAUAUGCACAACAUAAUUUGUAAUCCCAUGAAAAUGAGCACAGUGUUGGUGAUUAAGCACUGGAGUCCAAUGGAGAUUUUGGACACGAUGCUGAAACCAUUCAGAGGUUCAAUAAGGAGCUAUAAUAACAACGCCUGCAUAACUGACACGGUGCAUGAUUUGAGGUGAAGUCGCUGCUCUUCCUUAUACAGUGACAUGUCUGUAAAUAAGCAAACUGACUGUGGAGACGAGCAUGCCCAGUCUUGAGUCUGACCAAGCGCUGCCCGUGAGGAACGGGCCACAAGGGAUUCACGUGUUUUAGACAUAACAAAGACGGAACAUAACGCGGGGAGUACCGAAAGAAAAACACGGCUCAGGGGCGAAGCACAAUAGUCAAUUCAAACAGCCUACUGUAGGCCUAUUGCGAUUUCAAACAAUUAGCCUAUAUACCAGCAUACACACGGUCGCAUUAUUUGCACAGCCCUUGUGGGUGGGGGCUUCUGCUACAUUUCCUCUGCGCGUCUGUCGGCGUGCGUGUGCGCGCGUUUCAGAUCACGAGGGUCUUUCUUUGUGUGCGUGUAUGCAUGCGUGCGUGCGUGUGUGUGUGUGUGUGUGUGUGUGUGUGUGUGUGUGUGUGUGUGUGUGUGUGUGUGUGUGCGCGUGUGCCCGCGAGCGAUAGGUCACCGUGCACAAGACUAUAUGCUUUUAGUGUUUACAUGCAAUAAACUCACGCGCAAAAAAAAUCGUCAAAAUGCGCUACAAAAUGUCAAGAGACACACAAAACAAUCGCCUUCAGGGUGUUAUCGGUAAUCCCACAAUAAUCCGUGAUCCUGUCCCUCCUCUUGUAAAGAGCUACUUGUUGAUACGAACGUAUUUAUAUAUAUGUUAUUGGGGCAAUAGUUUAUUGGCAUAAUAUUUGUCCGAUUUAUUGAGCAACCUAUGAUCUUGAUAAUCGUUUCAAGAUUGAAAAUGUCUUCCAGAGGGAGGUUUUGAUUGGAUUUUUGUCUGGGGGAAAAAUAAUAUGUGGGAAAAGCAACACUGACUUUGCACUUUCAACCCGUCCAGUGACUGUUCGCGUUGCUUUAACUGCGUGGAAAAUACGCAUCAAUUUAACGGGGAUUUGCUGCUUUUCAGCGUGACUCCGCUGAAUUCACAUUAAUGUUAUUUCUAGAGUUUAUUGGUGUUGUCGCUCCCACAUACACACACGCGCGCAGUGGAAUAGUAUAGACGACUCUACAUAUGAAGAUUAAUUUAUUACUGUGCAGAAAGACAAAUGAACACUGGCAUGUGGUCUCAACAAAUAAGUAGGUCAGUCCAUAUUCUACCGAGGAAAAUACAUAGGGGAAAAACAGCCACAGCCAACAAAAGCAGACGAGUUUGAUCUCUGGUCGGGGCAGCAGCCUAAAAGCAGCUUUUCAAGUGCAAAAAUCCAACGUCUUUGUUUAAGCAGCGCUGCGUUAACACCCGACUAAAAUAGCCCGGGUGUGGAGUCAUUUUACCAACAAUCGAUCGCCCACUGUAGUAUCACUGUCGCAUGCAUUUUGAUGUGGACCGAAAGGGAAUGACGCACAACUGAUUCCAGCCUCGCCGUGAUCAUUUGCAGGUUCGUGCAAUUAGUGCAAAAAAAAAAAAAAAAAAAAAAAAAAAAAAAAAAGCUAUGUACUAUGAAGUGAAUUUAUCCGCGGCUCCUUUAAUCAUGUAUUGAAAUAUGAACUUGUCAGAAUUGCAUUAUUUCCUCAAACGGCAGAGGCUGCAGACACAAUUGUAAACUAUUGUGAUGGGUGUGGGAAGGGGUGGGGAUGGAAUAUCCAUUUUUAUUGCAUCACCUGUCAGUAGCGUCCAAUGGGCGUCGACUCCGAGGGCAUUAAUUGAUGAAGGUGUCUCCAGACCGGCCCACCUCCCCUCUCUGUCAUUUUAUUUGCGGCUCAACCAGCAGCCAGAAUAGCAGCUGCAUUUUAGCUCUUAUUCUGUUUCUCUCUGUCUCCUGAUUCUCUCUCUCUCUCUCCUUCUCCCUCCCCCCCACCCUCACAACACCCUCUCUCUCUCUCUCUCUCUUGCUCUCUCUCCCUCUCUCUCAUUCACUCUCUCUCUCUCUUCUCGCUAUUUUAUCCCUGUGGCUGAGGCAGUGGUGUACACCUACCCCUCGCCCUGCUGCCGACCAGAGGGGAGUGGAGUCGGCAGAGGCAGGUAGCAGCAGCCCCGGCUUGGUGGACGCAUCCGUCGCAUUCCUCCACCAUGCCGGACCGGGGCAAGAGGCGAGGAGUGGAUGCUGUCGGCUCAUUCAAACCACUGGGCAGGGGCAGCUCCAUUUAACUCCGCAUGUCAAAGUUUGCAUUUUCAUGACGCAGCAGCAGCAGCAGCAGUGUGGAUGGAUUAAAGGUAUGAGCAGGAUGCCUUGAGCUCGCUCCCUGUGCCAUUUGCUGGUAAAUCCAUAGUAUACUCAGACUGACUACAUGGAUUAAUACACUGUAGCGGAUACACAAAACAUGGGAGACCUGGAGUGUGGCUUUGAGGAAAUGCAAGGAGUGAGACUGGGAUACCUGCUCAUCAAAGGCAAGCAAAUGUUUGCUUUGUCCCAGGUCUUCACCGACCUGCUUAAGAACAUCCCACGGACCACGGUGCACAAGCGCAUGGACCACCUGAAGGUGAAGAAGCACCACUGCGACCUGGAGGAGCUCAGAAAGCUCAAAGCAAUAAACUCUAUAGCUUUCCACGCAGCUAAAUGCACGCUCAUAUCGCGGGAGGAUGUGGAGGCUCUGUAUUUCUCCUGCAAGACGGAGCGGGUGUUGAAGUCCAACAAAAGGAAAGCGAAAGCGGCGUGUUCCCCCGGGGAUGGGGACGCGUCCUCGGGGCUCCUCCGUGCGGACGCCGAACUAUGGAAGGAAAAAGUUUGGUUUAGUUUGCACGGUGUCCCGGAGAGUGUCACGCUUCACAACAAAACGGGCAAGAAGAAAGAGCUGACUCCUUGCCUUACCGACUCCAAACUACCUCAAUUUUAUCACAAAACCCACGGACGGGAUUUCCGUUCGGCGACUAAGUCUAGUCACAAACACUUUAAAAACUAUGAAACAGCUAAGAUAACAGGGAACCGCGUUACUUUGAGCCAAAGGCACACGUUUUUCCGGAGCGCGGUGAGCCGGCAGCCGGUGGUGCUUCAGUCCGCCAUAGCAGUUCAGUCCAGGCUCUCGCGCUCAGCCGGCGACCUACUUCACAAAAGGAAGAGGAGGCGCGAGGGGGGCGGCGGCAGGGACAGCGCGAGGCACUCGUGGAGCAGAAGCAGACACGCGCACCACCACGUACCACCGGUGCUGCUCGUUCAGCCCAAAUCGUCCGGCAGUCACGGGACCUCUUUUGGUGCUUUCCACCUCAGUCCGGAUUUCUAUCUUGACCCCCGACCCCACCACCAUCACCACCACCAGCACCACCAUCACCACCACCACCACCACGAGCCGAGUUUCCCGGAGAGCUACAGCAGCGACACAGAGUCCAGCACCUACUCGGACCGUGCGUACCCGGACUCGGACUUCGGCUCCGGGAUCUCCACCACCAGCAACUCCGGGAGCUCCGAGGAGGAAGAGGAGGGCGAGGACGAAGAUGACACGCAGUCGGAGAGUUCAGAGGUCAGCUCGGAGGAGGAGGACAGCUCCUCUCAGUCCGACUCCAGCUCGGUUUCAAGCCAUGUAUCGGUCCAGAGUAUCCGGUUCAGACGCGCCAGAGUGGGCUCUCUCGCCAAAAGUCUCAAACCACCUUUGCUCCUGCAGCCCACGUUUCACUACAACAACCAGCAGCCGCAAGACAAACAGCACAGGACACUGGGCCAUGCUGCUACUCCACACACAGGAGACAUCAGACAGGACAAACGUCAGAAAUGUGAAUUAAUAUGCAGUGAAACUAGGAAGGACUUGGGACCCUUACAACCACCAAAAUUUAACUCCUCUAUAGGGAAGAGCUUUUUUAUUGACUCUAAAGGGGAAAGCGUGUGUGAGACUGACUCCGUGGACGAGCCGGUGCCUUAUUCACCGGGACACAACCGUAGUAAGGCCUUUCACCCCUCGCGCAGGACACCGGGACAUCCCACCAAAUGCCACCUGGGACCGAGCGCGCAGAGUGACCACAACAAAGACGUCAAACUCCAGAAAUGUCCCGACAAACGAGAGGCAAAAGCCACCGGCCUGAAACUACCCACUCCCCUGAAAAAAAUAAAGACAGAAUCGGAGGAGCACUCCGUGACCGCUGCCCCCUACUCAGACAGUGCCGGGACACCACCCUUCAACCUCUACAAUGUGAAAGUUAAAGUGGAGGAGAGCUGUGAUGAAUAUGAAUACCAGAGCCAGGCCACUGUAGUUAGAUGUAAAGGAGAUAAGACAGAGAGCAGCAUUGGCCAAUAUCCCAGCGGUGCCAUCAAACAAGGAGACUUUUUCAGCAGCGGGAUUAAAGGCACGGAAAAGAGCCCUGAUGUGGCCCCCAGGUCCCCAUGUGGUCCUCAGGAAUGCACGAGUAGCCAGGACAGCCCGUGCAUCGAGGAGGGGGAACCCAGGAACAAAAACUACAGGGCUCCGGUGCUUGGAAAUAAGAAACCCCGAGUUUCCAGGACGCAAGCAAAACAAAAUGUGUCCCGGCUCAACAAGGCUGCCUCUUCUUCUUCUUCCUCGUCUUCUCCCUCCUCUUUCUCAUCCUCCUCUUCUUCUUGCUCUUCUUCUUCUUCUACUACUUCUUCAUCGCGUCCCUUGGGCUACGAGGAGGCAUCCAUUGGGGAUUUAUCGAGCAGACGCAAACGCACCAACGCGAACACUGUAGCAUCGCCUGCGAAAACGCCUUUCAGUCUGAUGGCAAAUUUCCCAUCGCCGCCGUCGCUGAUUGUUGGCAGCGACGGGGAUUUGUGCCCCGCUUACUCCCUGAACUCGCUGAGAGGCCCCGGGCCUCCCCCUCCGUCCCACCCCGUGUGGAGGUGGCAGCCAGGCGGCCAGAUUCUCCCUCCCCCACACGCUCAGAGAACUAGGAAAUACUGAGCCGGUUUUUUAGAGGAAAAAAAAAAGAAGAAGAAAGAAAACAAAACAAAAGCCCCCUCCGAGUCUAUCUCCAACCUAACCGUAGGCUGUGUCUUAACGUGAGCGCACCACAUGGCUCGCAACUUUAUCGGCGGUGUUUAUUAUUUAUCCUCUUCUCUUUUUUCUCUGAGAAUGGAUUUACAUUCCGCUUUGUUUUGAAGUUUGAUCGAGGAAACCCCCACAAGAUCCCUUUCGGAGGCUCUGAGAACGCCCACAGGACUGUGAGACACCGCUGCUGGAUUUACGCUUAAAAAACUUGUGUUUUUAAAAUAAGCUAUCCCAAGCAAUAUCGCUCUCUUUGUUGUGUUCACUUGACUAUUUUUCUGUACUCAAUCGUUUCUUACACGCUUUUCUAUCGCGCUCGACCUGUUGGAUUGUAUGGUGCCAGGGUUUCAGUGGUUUGUGCUUUGUCUAAAAAAAAAAAAAAAAAAAAAGAAGAGCAAAGUGGGUUAAAAAAAAUCACAGCAUUCCUCGUUUUGAGACUGCUUUUAAUCUGACUGGGACUGAGAGAAACUUUGACUUGAUAAAUAAUAAAAAACAAAAAGAAUCAGGGUUUCCCAUUCUGUGCCACUUGGUAUAUUUUACAUAUAUCAGCGCUGUGUUUUCUUUCAUGAGUGUCCCACUGACAAUGCUUGGCCACAAUGGUCCAUGUGCCCAAAAUGUUGAGACUCAGAGAAUUAUUAUUAAAAAAAAAAUGUUUCUAUAAAUGUCUCCUCACAGUUAAGCCUUUAUUAGAUUUGACAGGAAUUUAUUCUUGGUGGUUGUGGCUUGUUGUUUUUUUUUUUUAGGGUGCUUGUGAUCUGGUUUUCAGUCUUGUUUUUAUUUCUGCGGAGUAUUUCCUGGUUUGUAAGUGUGUGACUGCACAAAUGCAGGCCCAGACACAACACAGGCCUUAUGUACAGACAAUCAGGAAGAAUAAGGCUCGCUCGUCCUAGCGCUCGACUCGUGUCCCUCCAGGUCCACAUGGCCACCGAUUUCCUCUGCGUACCACGUUCAUGGCGGUGUGUGUGUGUGUGUGUGUGUAUGCGUAUAGAGCGCGUAAACACGUCAAGGAAAUGUAAAACACUGAUACAUAACGACAAGAUAGGUGGGGUACAAUUCUGUGAUAGCGAGAAAAGAAAAACCUCACUAAGACUGCACAAAACAUCUAGCCACCCAGAAACAAUGCGACAAAGCACAAGAGGCAGGCUUGAAGGCAUUGCACUUUGAUACUGUUUGGGGUCUUGUUUCAGCUUUAGGAUUUUCUACCUGUGGGAGACGAUGGUGACAGAAAAAAAAAUAUGGGACUGAUUCAUCUGAAUGUAUAGAAACAAAGAUAAAACAUUUGUUAUUUGAGUAUUUAGGAUUUACCCGUAUUUCUUGUAACCAUCACACGAUUCCACGUGGUUUAACAAAAUGUCCAUUUCUUCUCUUGGGCAGUUUUUUUUUUAAUGAUGAAUAAAAAUAGUUACAGUUCUGAGACACCCAAUCAGGUUUUCAGACUUUCUUUAAACGCAUCACAGUCUGAAUGUAGCCUUUUCGAAUAUGGCCACUCAGUGUAGUAGCCCCCCAGACCUUGUUUCCUGUGCGUUUCCAGCAUGCACACACCUUUAAAUCAAGUGGUGGAAGUUGCACCUACAUGUGGGGGUUUUAAAUGAAUGUGUAGAUGUUUUUUUUUUUUUUUAGUGGCAGUGCAGGACGCGCUCUGCUAAUUGGCAUGCUUUUCUGUGUGUGACAAAGAGAGGCCCAGCUUAUGGCGAGCCAGAUCACAACAAACCCAAAGCCCGUGAAUGAUGUCAGCCUCCUCACAAGCACAGCAAAGGGUGCAUUCAUUCAGAGGAUUGUAGAUGUAAUGGGUGAACGUUUAAAAAAAAAAAAAAAAGCAUAAAAAGUGUGUUUGUCUAUACAUCGGUGUGGAUACAUAUGGUAGAUGUUUAGCCAUGUGAUUAAAGCACCACUCUGAAUCCCCCCUCCAAAAAAAAAAAAAAAAAAAAUCACCAUGGGCCUUAUUCCUGAGGCUGGAGCGACAAUUCAGACUCCUCAGCCUGAAAACCGGCUCAUUCUGAAGCUAUGAUACAAGCUGGUAUAUGAGCAGGAUGGCAGUAAAGCGGAGGGGGUUUCACGGGGUUGAGAGGGGGGUAGUAGCUGUGUUGCAAGAGCAAAGCUUUCAACCUUUAAUCCGCAUGUCAAAAGCAUAGGCUGCGCGGCAUAGGAAAAAGAGGAAUAGCCUGCGCCUAGAGCUGUGCCCCCCUGACGCACCAGCCUAUUCUCACGCAGCGCUCACAAUGCGCGACCGAGGGAAGGAGAUGGUGGUAAUGGCCUGUUGGGAGGGCCUUUUCCACCGUUAAGACAAAUAGCUCCCUGACAGUGACGCUAUCAAUGUAAACAAUUGCAUCGUGCAGCAGCUAGAGUCUUCAUGCACCCCCCCCCCUCCUCCUUCCUCAUUUGUCUGCCUUCCUCAGUCACUCAAUUUUCUUAUUUUAUUUUAUUUUAUUUUUUUAUACAAUACUUGAGGUCAGGUUUUUGACACGAGAUUUGAAGUCACUGGUUGUUUAUAUGAAUAUUUAUUUUUGUGAAUUUUAUGGGGUUUCAUGUAUAUUGUUUUUUUUUCUUUUUUUUCUUUUGUGAAUAUAGGAGAACUGCACUCGAAUGGAAACUUGAACGGUGGAUUUCUAAAGCACUUUCCCUUUCUUUUCUUUACUUUUUUUGAAUUAUGAAGCCUUCAUUAAACGGGACUGAGUGUAA